CAACCCACUCCCCCAUCAUCAAUUAAUAAAGCGCAUCAGGUGUGAAGUGGAACCAGCAGCGAAACCUGAUUCAUGAAGUCUGGGAGGCACUCACAGAUGCGACAGCGAAAUCUCUUAUCCUUCCUGUGGACAAUGCCUCUUUGAUCUGGGUUUCCGGAAGAACUGCAUACCUUACAGUUUCUGUGUCGCAGUAUACACGAGCGAACGUCUACGCUUGUAGGCUUCUGCAAUUGAAGUCUCGUGACGUACCCUGAAUCAGAUCCUCUAGAAUCACAUACGAUAUCUAUCAGUCUGUGCAUCUCUGCUGGUUCAUCACUGUCCUUUCGUACCCCUCUGAGCUACUGAACGGCGCUCAUGCCUGCACAAAGCCAGCAAAAGCGUAGAUCAGCCACACAUGACCCUGACAAGCCAGCCAAACGCACCAGAGUCUCACGGGCUUGCGACCAGUGUCGGGUUGCUCGCGAGAAGUGCGAUGGGGGUCAGCCAACAUGUUCUACUUGCUUGACGUCGAAGCGAGGUUGCACGUACACAACAAACCCUAAGAAACGAGGCAUUCAACCUGGUUACAUCCGCGUCCUUGAGUUGGCAUUGGCAACGCUGUUCCAACAGAACUCUGAGAACGAGAAGUACCUCAACGAUAGACUAGCAAGAGAAGGCCUGUCAUCACUGUUGCUCAGCCGCGAUUCUAAAGAAUCGAACAAGCUGCAUCAGCAAUGGCGCAAAACUCGAUUCAACAGGGAUGUUGACACGUUAUUAUCGGGAGAAGAACCAUCACGGCGUGACUCGGACCCGCUGUCGCCGCAGGGAGAUGAUGACAAUUCGGAUGUCGAGGACUCUGCACCACCUCUCCCACCAGCCCCAGUUGUUCCGAAUGACACAUUCAAUCAGAUGCUUCCAUACACCCUGGUAUCUCCAAGACCAUCGCUUCAGCAGUCACUAGCACCGGCACAGCAGCCUGCCACCGACAUCUUACUGACGACCCUUCCUUACGACAGCUGGAAACAAAUCGAGACCUAUUUCACCUACACCCAGUGCUGGCUUCCAAUUUGCGAGAAACACGAUAUACUGAAGCUUUCGUACUCGUAUCCUGCAACGGGUAUGCAGUUAUCCCUCACAACACCGGAUUCUGGCUCUCAUGCAGAGCUCUGGAGUAUAUUGGCCGUAGCAUCGACUUACGAGCCUAACGCGACAAAUCCAACUAGUCAUCCCGCCCAAUGUUCAAUGACGCCAAAGCAGCUCUACGACGUUGCUCGGUCCUUAAUUCCACAUGAGCUGGGCUCUUUCGAACUUGGACAUGUCAAAGCUCUGCUCAACCUUGCGAUUUUCAGUAUUGCCCAAUCAUUGAGUGAAGCUGCCUGGUUCCUGGUCGGCUGCGCUUCAAGAGUACUCGAAAUUGUGGACCAGGUCUCACUAAUACCUAGUACACGGCGCAUGCACGUUUUUGCGGGUUGUCUCGUUCUGGAUAGCAUGCUUGCGCUACAGCUGGGAAGACGUCCAUACUUCCGCAAGUGUGACAUCGAGCAGCUCGGACGAAUUGACGAAGAUGGUCUCGAGGAGUGGCAGCCAUGGUCUGGUGGAUCCAACACUGCCUCCUUACAACAGUCAAGGAUGCCGCUAUUGGCUUUCAGCAGCUUCCGACACCUGCUUGAUGUGCUUGACAUACUUGUUACUAGUGAGCUUGCCUCACCUUCUGCUCUGCCAACUCAGGACACUUUACAACGGCUGAACGAUUGGAAAUCAGCAUUACCUCACAAACUCGACUACCUACAAUCCGAGACUGUUUCAACUCCCCCCACACCUCCCGCUGUGCUACUACAACUGACGUACUACUGUACUGCACUGUCAUUGAUGCCAACACAACCUUGGGUACCACAAAUUUUAGACUUACUUGAGCCUUUGCCUAACCGGCUUGGACUGACGAGCUUACCGCCAGUCGUACAUUGUCUCAUGGGGAUCGUCGAACGACAUGGCAAUCAUUUCUUGUCUGACCCAGCACUACGUGCUCGUAUGCAGAAGCUCCAAGCUGAUGCUGAUCGGACAUGGCGAAAAACAAUACCAGAUAUUCGGUCGCCUUCAGGCCAAUCUCGACAAUCGAUCACGGCCCUACAAAUGCCAACGCCUGAUUCGAUCCACCAACCUCUCUCGAGCAGUAAUGCCGCAGGCCAGGUGGCUGUAGGCAACGACGCAAGGAGUGUGCAUGCUCGCAGCAACAGCAGUCUGCCGGAUACAAUAGGUGCGAAUACAAAUCAGCACAUUGAGUCCUUUUUGAAUGCGACUCGCCCUGCCCAGCCAGACCCUCGAUAUCCAGAUAUACCGGGAGACCUCGAAAGCUUUUUCGAUGAUUUGGCUUCUCUGGACAAUACGAACAAGCUCGAGAACCAACCACAAUUCAUGCAGAAUCUUGGCUUUGCUCCUGACGCCAAUAUGGCCGAUCUCUUCAGCGAGUUUAUACCGAUGCAGUCUACAACGUUCAUAGGGCAGGAAUCUGCUGAUCUUGGUCACUUAGAUCAGUACAACUUCUACGACGGAAACUGAAUAGGGACUAAUCGAGCUUAAGGUUGGAGUCACCGGCACCAGCCAUGGUUGACGAUGAGCGCUGAAGUUAGCACGCGGGAAUUGUGAAAUGACUUACAUUCUCUAAUGCAAGAAAACAACCUCGAGCGCAAGUGAGCACAAUAUGCCACGAAUGAACCGGCCUGUCACCACAAUCAGAUUUUGGUUCCAGGGUGCACCAUGCUUGAGUGCCGUUUGUAACGACAUUGAUUGAAAGCUUAAUCUCGGUUGAGCUGUCGAAGCGGUUCGCGAUGCGUAGGAGAAAUGGUACAAGGGUUGAAACAAUCGCGUCAGCAAAGAUUACCCGAUUGAUGGUACA